GUGGUUACGUCGAUUGAUUGUUAGUUGAGUUUUUGUUUGUAAACCAAAACAAAAAAAAAAAAUCGAAAGAAAAAAAAAAACAAAGCAACAACAUACAUAAAAAUCAAAUAAUUUUUAUAUUCAAUCAUCAAUUCAAAGCAAAAACCUGAAUUGAAAAUUCAAAUACGAAAAAAAUAAAUUAAAUAAAAAAACUAAAUUUAUCCCAACUAAAAUAAACAAACAAUUCAAUGAACGGCGGCGUAAAAUAAUAAACACAACAACAGCAACAAAAAAAGCAGCAAGAUAAAAAGCAAAUAAAAAUAAACAAAAACAACAGCAGUAGCAGUAGCAAACAAAAAACAUCAGUGUAUGUGUAAAACAGCCGCAGUCAGAAAAUAUCUCAUCAGAAAUUCUAUCGUUUUUUCGUUUAUCAUUUAAAUAUAAAAAAAUUAAAACAAAAAAUCUGACAAGAAAUUUGGAUAGGAAUUGAUAAAAGAAGUAGAUACAAAUAGCAACAAAACCAUUGGAGCAAAAAGUUAAAGCAUCAACUAUUUGGAUUACUCUCUGCCCUUCAAGGCGAUCGUGGAGCAACAACCAAUACUAAGGAUUACAUUUUUCAUCUCGAUCAAUUAAAUUUCUGAAAAAUGGCUCAACCACAAAUGAUGCAAAUUAAAUUAUCCCGCUUCGAUGCUCAACCCUGGGGCUUCCGUUUACAAGGUGGUACCGACUUCGCACAACCUCUUCUUGUACAAAAGGUCAAUGGCGGUAGUCUUGCCGAACAGGCCGGUCUUUUGCCCGGUGAUGCUGUGAUCAAAAUCAACGAUGUCGAUGUUUUCAAUCUACGCCACAAGGAAGCCCAAGAUAUUGUUGUGCGUUCUGGUAACAAUUUCGUGAUGACAGUUCAAAGAGGUGGUUCAACCUGGCGUCCACAUGUUCAGCCGACCGGAAAUGUACCCCAACCCAACCAAAGCCAUUUGCAAACAGUGACAAAAACUUCGUUGGCCCACAAACAACAAGAUUCCCAACACAUUGGAUGUGGCUACAACAAUGCGGCUAAACCUUUUGGCAACACCGUCGAUGGCAACGUUAAGAGCAUUGUCAAUAAACAAUACAAUACCCCAGUUGGCAUUUAUAGCGAUGAAUCUAUUGCAGAAACACUCUCCGCUCAGGCUGAAGUUUUGGCUGGUGGUGUCCUUGGUGUUAACUUCAAGAAAAACGAAAAGGAAUACCAGGCCGAUAAGUCUGAAGUUUUGAAAUUCUUGCGCGAAGAAGAAUCUGGCACCUCAACUCCAGAACCACCAAGUGCAACUAGCUAUUAUGCCACCAAAAGUCAUGCCAUUGGUGGCAAUGAAAGACGCACACCGUUGCCCCACGAUCAGGAUGAACGUAUUGGUACACCAUUGCAUCAGAAUACCCUGGCACCGGCCGCUUCGCAUCGUCCCAGCUUGCCUACACCGGCCCCGGCACAAAAACAACAGCAGCAGCAGCAACAGCAGCAUCAAAAAGUUGAACCACCAGCAGCUGCACAAACUGUACCCGACCAACCUGAUCCCAGACUCAUUGUUAUGCCCGUGUGUCCAGCCUUGCAAACGCCGGAAUAUAAAGAGGAAAUGGAAAAGGCAGCAGCCGCUGCUGCUGCUGGCGACAGCGAUCAACCAAAGCCAUAUACAGCCAGCGGACAUCCGGCAUGUUCGAUGUGCGGUGUUGGCAUAGUUGGUGUGUUCGUUCGCAUCAAGGACAAGAACUUGCACGUUGAGUGCUUCAAGUGCGCCACUUGUGGCACCAGCUUGAAAAACCAAGGUUACUACAAUUUCAACAACAAGUUGUACUGUGACAUCCAUGCCAAAUUGGCCGCCAUGCAAAAUCCACCACCCGGCACUGAUGGCUAUGUUCCCGUACCAAUCAAACCCAACACCAAAUUGAGUGCUUCAACCAUUACUUCAGCUUUGAGUGCUCAUGGUUUUAAUGGCGUUAGCAACGGCAACUCAACCCCAACUCCAGCACCGGUUGCACCACAACAACAACAGCAACUACCAACAACAACCACAGCAACACCACCUAGUAGCAAUUUACCAAUUGUAGAUAAGAGUCUAAUUAAUAGCGACAACACCAAGAACGCCUCGAACUCGAACAUCAUCUGCAACAACAACACCAACAACAAUCCCGAAAACUUCAACACCUCCGCGGUUACUAACGACAUGUCCUCGACCAUGGCCUCCUCAAGGCCUAGCAUAAGUGAACAAUCGGCCAGCAACGGUGUUGGUGGCUCCGCCGGUGACAAACCCUUUGAAUAUGUAACCCUCACGGGCAAUGUCAUACGUAGUGUUGUGCCACCCGGUAAGGGCACUAAUGUUAAUUACAAGGUCAAUCAAGGCUAUGCUCGUCCCUAUGGUGCUCCACCAGCUGCUGCUCCCAAGUCCCCAGUUACUUUCCCACCACAACCCCAACAGUGGAAUGCUCCACCACCAACUCAACCUAAACCAACUGUGCCAGCUGGCAAUCCUUAUGCCACUUUGCCACGCUCCAAUGUUGGCCAAGGACAAGAAGAAGCCGCAGAGGAAGUCUUGCAACCGCAAUAUGCUGAGACGUCAUAUUUCGAAGAAGAUUUCGAAGUGGAGAGGGCAAAUCGCCAGGUGCGUUCGAAUUUCUGUUGGCCGCCGCAGCAGGAUGAUCAUCGUACUCCCACCGCUGCACCACUUUAUAUAGCCCCACCCGAAACUCAACAUGUUGAGGUGAAACCCAUAGAGAAUCCGCCUCCACCUGAGACUGGGGAGAGGCGAGUAUCGCAGCAGCAGCAACAACAACAGGCUCAAGCUCAAGCUCAAGCACAAGCUAAGCAACAGCAGCAGCAACAGCAACAAAGCCAAUCGCAAUGGCAAAGUCGUUCUGCACCUCAACUCACGGCUGGUGUACAAUCAACGGAAUGUGAAUCGGGUUCGGAUUCCUAUACUUCAACCAGCACUACAGCCACGACCACCACCUCCGAUGACUAUCAGCGCAUGUAUGCUGCUCAGGCCCAAGCCUAUCAAAUGCAACAGCUCUAUGAACAAUCCGGUUCCGAAUUCGACUACCACAUGGACAUGGAAGUUGCAUCAAUGCAGCAGAGUCAUGAUCAUUUGCAACUGAGCUCGUCCGAAUACAUAUCCGGACGCAGAAGUGCCCAAGAAUGUGUUGAAACAUUGGUACCCUCGCUCAGCACAUAUAAACUGGUCGACAUGGUCAGAGAAGUAACACCCAGUCCGGUGCCACAACCAACAAGUUCUCAGGGUCCCAGACGUGUUGUAUUCCAGGAUGAACCCGAAGUAAAGGUUGUGGACACACCCACUCAACAAGGUAAUGAUGAUGAUGAUGAAACCCAACACCAAACUCAAACCCAAACACAAGAACCUGAUGAUCUUCCCGAAAUUUCCAAAGACGACAAUGGUCACGAGGCUGAGGCCGACCAGGAAGAGGAAGACAAAGGUUUAGUUGUAGAAGACCGCUCUCACAUUUUAGAAAGUCAGCGUAUUUUCCAACCCACUCCAGAAAUCAAAUUCGAAAUUGCCCCCGUCAAGCCUAUACCUCCAACAAAAAUUCCCAAUCCUACUCCCAAAGAAUGGAUCAAUCCAAUGGUGGCUGUACUAACCACAGCUCCCGAAACUCCCUUCCACAUGGUUGACUGUUUGUGCCCCAAGCCCUGUGACGAUUGUACUUGUCAGGUUGAGCCCGAACCCGAACCUGAACCUGAAGAAGAAAUCUCUAAGGUAUUGGCUGAAGAGACAACAUCUGAACCCAAACCCGAACCUUAUGAAAGACCUCUCUCUCCAGAGCCUGAACCCGAACCUGUAUCUAUUAAUUCCAUAUGGGAUACUCCCACCUUGACCAAGGCCAUGACCAUUGCGCCACCUUUCGAAUUGAAAUUUGCUCCCCCCGCCUCUGAGGGUGUACCUCUGCCAGAAGAGACCGUACCUUAUAUGCCCCCACCUAUCGAAAUUAAACCCUAUGUUCGCGAAGAUUAUCGUCCGAAAUCACCAUUUUUAAGUGCUCUUACCGUAGCUCCAGAUCGGCCAUUCGAAGGUCACUUCGAUCGUGAUGUGCCCAUACACAUCUUGGAUUUGCCGACGCCAACGGGCGUUCUCACAAUGUCAGAUGCUUUGCGCACGGCACCGGAUCGCCCCUACACUCCUCUGGAUCCCGAGAAUGCCACUCACCGUUUCGAGGAGGAACAAAAGGAAAAGGAGAAAAAGAAGUUUGAGUUUCAGGUUCUGGACAGAGAAGAAGAACUGGGUAUUCGCAAGCAGUCAAUAGACAAGCCUGAAUAUUUCACAACCGACAAACGCAAAUCUUCGACGUCAGCAUUUGCGGCCAUGCAAGCAUUCCAACCAUCCAAACAACCUCUGUCCUCUACCUCAACUCCGGCCACACCUCGCACAUCGAUUUCCUAUACCAAGGCUGAGAGUGAUGUUGACUAUCAAAAGUUUUGUGAUGCCCAAGAUCGUUAUCAGAAAAGACGUAGCUAUUUCUCACAAAAAGAGCAAGAGCUCUUACAGCAACAACAACAGCAACAAACAAACACAGUAACUACCUCACAACAACAGCAACAACAACAACAGACUAAUACUACACGUGAAGAAUCCUCAUUAUAUUCCUCUACCAAAGCUAGCUCUUCUUCCUCUAACACCUCUUCCGCAGUCCAACAACAACAACUUGUACAGAAACAACAGCAAUCCUCCUCAUAUGCCUCGAACCUAACACAAGCUACCACAUCCUCGUAUACGGCUUAUGAAAAUGUUGGGACCACCUCCACAAAACUAGAAGCCAGGGAAAUAAUCGAAGAGACCGCCGAAGAACUCGAACACUCCGAGGUCAUUUUCCCACCACCAUCUCCACUCAGCCACUUAAAACAGAAAACAUCGUCGGGCCUCCACCGUCCCGAAAACAUACCCAAAUACCAGCGCAAUUGGACAGUGCUGCCGUCACAGAGUCCGGUACGUACUCCCGAGCCGCAUGAGUUGCGGGAGAAUGUACCGCUGGCCUUUGUCGACACCCCCAAAACACCCACCUCCACCAAUGGCCAGUCGAACGAAAACACUGUACACAAGCCCGUGGCCCAAAUGUCGACACGCUCAAGUACCGCACAACAGCAAUCCUCCGCCCAUGCUAGUGCCUAUAGUUCAAACAUCACCAGUACCCACAGUGAACAAAGGCAACAGCAGCAACAACAACAACACCAAACCGCUUCUGCUUCUACCCAUACCUCCAAUGCUAGACAGCAAAAUAAACCUACCGCGGUUCCCAUUAUCAUUGAAGAUCGCUCCGGCCCAGUAACUAUGGCUUUCCAAUCGCUCGACGAGCACGUGGUAAGGGAUCAUUCUCAGCCACCAUCGCGGCCUUAUACUCCCUCCAGACCAGCCCCCAUUGUACCGGCUUAUCAAACUCCCGAAAAACUCUGCUUUGACGAAUGUCCAGCUACUCAUGCCCGUGCCUAUGAUGCUCGUUCAGCCUCUCCAUUUCCAGAUCGCGCCCGUUCGCCAGCACCUGGACCACCACCAAAUCCCUUGGCUGCCAUUCGGGCUCCACGCCUUAAGGAGAAUGAGGUGUCCAGCUUGAGUCCUCGUGUCUUGCAAGCCGGAUCCAUCACCACUGGUCAAAGCUAUUUGGGCGCCCAACAAGCUCAGAAGCAGGAGAGAAUGUUGUCGCACACGGAGACAUCGUCGCAAUCGGGUAUGCAGAGUUACUCGCACCAACCGGAGAAGAGGGAAGAAUACCAAGUCGGCAAUUUGAGUGUUCAAAGGAGGGAACAAUCGUCCCGUAUGGCCGAACAACAACAAAGCCAAAUGCAGUCUCAGACCACAACCCAGGUGGGUAAUACUCAGAUCGAACGUCGCCGCAAGGUGACCGAGGAGUAUGAACACACCUCAUCGGCCAAGACUGUGGAGAUACGUACUGGUUCCCAGACCGCGUCUACAGAGCGUAGGCAAUCAUACGGCAAGGGUUUUGUGGCCAAUCAAGCUCGCCGCCUAUCGGGCCUGGAACAGGAAAUUACCAACUUGACCCCACAAUCGCAGGCAAUUAGUGCUCGGGCCGCCACCCUCACCGAAACUAAAUUUCCCGAAUUGGAUAGCCCCGAACCGGCGAUGGUCGCCAAAUUCCCUACAAAACCAAUUUUACCUCCUCACGAUGAACCUCAAGCCCCGAGCUAUGUUGUUUCUGGAGCCGCUUGUCGGUCAUUGGCUAACACGUCGUCAAGCUAUCAACAAGAGCAAAAAUUGUCUUCUGUUUGUGGAUCAUCUAUGGUUUCCACACAACAGCAGCAGCAACAGCAUCAUCAAUUGCAACAGCAACAACAACAACAGAAAUCAUUAACUACAUACUCGUCAGUAUCAUCUUCACAACAACAACAACAAGUAAACACCGUUAGCUCUAGUCUAACCAAAGCUUCUGCCACCACUUUAACUAAUAAUCAAGCUUAUAAAUCGAUCACAGCUGGUACUAACCAAAAUGCUACAUCAACAACUGCAACAACAGCAGCAUCGGCAUCGGCACCACUCGGUGUCUGUCCCGUUACGGGUACAUUCUGUCGCCCCGGUCAUACGUGCUGCAAACAACAAACAAUGCAAUUAAAUAACAAUGUUAGUAAUGGCGCCGCCUAUCGGCCGAAUGCUUCUUUAGGUUCUGGCAACGCUUCUAAUAAUGCAGCCAGUAGCCAACAACAGCAACAGCAGCAGUCACAGCGACAGCAACCACAGCAGCAAAUGCAAUCUGCACCAAAACAAGCGCCAGCACCAGCUCCAGCACCAACUGCAGCCGCUUCAGCUUCCACAAAUUUAUCAACUCCAUCUUCUAAUGUCGGUGGUUCUAAUGAUUCUGCAGGUGGUCUUGCUCCCAAGGGCGGUGCCUAUGGUGCCACCUCGGCUCCCAAACGUGGACGUGGUAUUAUGAAUAAGCCUGUGGCCGCUGGUGUCCGUGUACCAUUGUGUCAUAGCUGCAGCACCCAAAUCAGAGGUCCCUUCAUCACUGCUUUGGGCAAGAUCUGGUGUCCCGAACACUUCCACUGUGUCAAUGCCAAUUGCCGUCGUCCAUUGCAGGACAUUGGCUUUGUCGAAGAGAAGGGUGAUCUGUACUGUGAAUACUGUUUCGAAAAGUACUUGGCUCCCUCUUGCAGCAAGUGCGGUGGUAAAAUCAAGGGCGAUUGCUUGAAUGCCAUUGGCAAACAUUUCCAUCCUGAGUGCUUCUCUUGUGGCCAUUGUGGCAAAUUGUUUGGCAAUACUCCAUUCUUCCUUGAGGAUGGCAUGCCCUACUGCGAAGCUGAUUGGAAUGAGCUCUUCACCACCAAGUGUUUCGCUUGCGGUUUCCCCGUCGAAGCCGGUGAUAGAUGGGUUGAGGCCUUGAACCAUAAUUACCAUAGUCAAUGUUUCAAUUGCACUUACUGCAAACAAAACUUGGAAGGUCAAAGCUUCUACAACAAGGGUGGUCGUCCCUUCUGCAAGAAUCAUGCCCGUUAAGGUCGCAUAGCCCUGGGCGGCAUCAUUUGCAAACACCAUCAAAUGCAGAGAGACAUUUUUUUCUUCAGCUAAUAGAAAAAAAAAGAAAUAAAACAAAAAAUGAAAAAUUAUAAUUUUCUUAAUACUAAACCACGCACCUUAUCAUCAGGGAUCACAUUUAUGCAUAAAACAUUGAAUAUAAUUAAACAAGAAAAACAAUAAUUACUUAAAACAAACACUAUUUUUUCUUCUCUUCUGUUUAGUUAAUCAUAAUGAAAACAAUAACCUUAAAUAUGUAACAAGAAAGUGAAGAACAUUAUUUAAAAAAAAAAAAACAAACAAA